GUUUUAACUUUUAAGUUAGCUUUCUCACUAGACUAGAUGCUUUCCUUGUGUCGAGAACAUUAGACAACACAGAUUCAUCCAAUAGAUAUUUUUACCCUUUUGCCCAAUAUAAAAAUUUAAUCGAACUUCCUUCACUGGUUUUAAAAGAUUGUACUCAGUUUUGGUGACUUUACUUUUGGCCUAGCUACUCUGGCCACGCUACCACUUAUCUAAGCUUAAGAAUUUUCAUUUGAACUUCAUUGGGGUAGCAAAGGCCAAAGAAUGCCAAAGACCUGGACUAGAUUUGACUUGUCGAUUGAUUUGAUCCUCUUGAUUGAGACUUCAAACUGAAAGGUGCGUUGAUGGUCAAUCACUCAAGUUGGCAAGUGGCAACUUGCCUCUUGUCAAAAACAAAGCCUUAUUGAGUUAUUGUAGUAGCUAAAGGACAAAAUAUGACUUUAAUUCUCUGGACAUGCAACUAGCUUGCACCUUUUUGGCUUCUUUAUGAGAUACUUAUAUGCAGGGGCCAGAUGUUUACGCAUGUGUACCCUGAACUGGCCUGAAGUUUGUUAUAGCCGACAUUUUUUUCUUUUUUGUUUCCAAUUUUUUCAGGGAAAUAAAUUUGCACUAGUAAUUCUUUUUCAAGGAAUUUCAUGAUAUUCAAAAUUUCAUAUCCCAGGAUUUCUUUUGAAUCAGCUGAUUCUCUUAUUGAUUAUUUUCCAAUGUUUACUCCCCAAUUAGCAAUUUGAUGCAUAAAGUUGCAACGAAGCUCGCGGUGAGCUCUUACGGUGAAGGUGAACUGAUGAGUUUAUUACAAACGUUAUACAUCAAACAACCUCCAUCUACCACUUCAUUUUCUGGUGACGAUGAUGAACCGGAGUGGUUCGAAUAUAAAAUCAAAGAGACCAACAUGUUUACCGUGGACAAAUAUCAACAGAUUGGCUUCUUCCCCAAGGAGAAGGCAUACGCCCUAAGAUAUCAGACUGCUGGCAUGUUAGAGACUGUUUUAAGACAGGGAGUGCUAGGUGAAGAUGAUAUUGGAGAAGAAUCACCAAGAAAUCUGAAGCUUCCCUCUAAACGGCCUUCUAUUGUAUGUGAAAAUUGUCUUUAUUCACUGGAGAAAGAUAGGCGAGUGAGAGCCUUUCAUAUAAUGGACCCAAACGGGAUACUGGAAAUGAUUCUAGUUUUCCUUGAAGAAAGAGGUAAUGGAGAGGCCAUUCCUCCCUCCUUUGACAAUUUCAAGGAGGAUUCGGAAAGAAUUCUGCCUCAUCUUGGAACUUGGAAAGGUCAUUCACGAACAACGCGUACUGGUGUUUAUGGAGGAACAAUUACUGAAGCAGAUACAACUGCUGUUCUUGAAAUGAACAUGGACGGCAAACUAGUUCAGGAGAUCACGUCUACUUCUGGUGCCACUAAUAUCACAACGAAUGUACAUUGGACUGGUACCAUGUCCAAAAACCUAGUGACAUUUGAUGGUGGUUUCCAGCUUACUUUAUUGCCUGGGGGAAUUUACAUGGGAUGCCCAUCUGAUGUGGCUACGAAUGUGCAAGAAUCCACAGCAUUUCAUCUUGAGUUUUGUUGGCUUGAAUCGCCUGGCAAGAGACAAAGACUUAUUCGUACUUAUGAUGUAGAGGGCCUGGCUGUUUCAUCUACAUAUUUCAUUGAGUCCAAAGUCUGAGUUGUUUUUCCUGAUUCAAAGCGAGCUGCUUCUGGCACCACAUUUUGCUCAUGCAUGAAUCAUUUUCCUGGGUACAAUCACUAUUGUUGUUGUAGUAUCGCAGUAUCAAUUGCAGCUACAUAUAGAAUAUCCAACGGAAGAUAGAGUAAUUGUAUCACAAUAUUAUUUGGUUGGUGCUAAUAGAUGUUCCACAAAAUGUAUAUAGAAUGCCCCUAGCCAAGUCUCAAAAUGAAAACCUUUAGAAAUUUUGUGCGGGGGUGGGGAUUGUUGUUCGUAGUGAAUUCCAUUGCCUCUUGGACUACGAAGAAUUGCAUUCACCAUUUGAAAAUUAUCAAGUAUGUCACACCUCAGAGUCUAAUUUGCAAUCUAAAUUAAUUUUUAAA